AUGGCACAAGUACUCGCAAGCCGAAAUCCGCACUACACGGUUUCCGCAGAUGGAAUCGCACUCUUCGACCCGAAGCUCAACGAAGCCGCGGCGAACUUCGAGAAGCUCACCGCCUUCGUGAAGAAGAUCCGCUUCCGGUUCCCACAGCUCAAGUUCCUCGUCCACUUCUACCAGAAGGACUUCGACGAGAUCACGAACAUCACGGUCGACAACGACGACGGCACGCAGACCGUCACCCAGCGCCAGUCCCUCUGGGACCGCAAGUGGGCCGAGAUGACCGCCGCCCAGGCGACCUUCUGCGAGGAGGCCCUGGUCUACAUCCUCUGCAACCGCGUGAGCGAGAAGAUCGCGAACGUGCUCUACAAGAUGGAGAAGGACGAGGACGCGGAUGCGAAGGCCCUCUUCAUGUACCUCCGCAAGAGCUACGGCGCCCCCAAGGACGGCGGCCGGUCCAUGCUCACCAAGCUCAGCAACAUGAGCCUCAACGCGUGCGGCGACAUCGACACGCUGCUCAACACCAUGAGCACGACCUACGACAUGUACAAGUCCGCGAGCGGCGAGAAGCUCGCCGAAGCCACGCUCAAGGCCUACUUACUCGCCUCCAUCUCCCACAAGAGCGGCCGGGGCCCGGAGGAGCUCGACAGCACCUACCGCGACUUCCAGAAGCGCGACGCGUCCUACGCGACAAUGGCAGACGAACUCCGCCAGCUGCAGAUCGGCGACUCCGGGACCGAGCACCCCAUCGUCAUCGCCAACCCGGAGACGCCGGCGGGCCAGACGGGCCAGGGCAUCUUCUCGGCGACGGGCUCCUCCGACGUCAACAACAAGGUGCUCCAGACCAUGAUCCAGACGCAGAUCCAGGCCAUGCUGUCGAACAAGCAGAUCGCCGCGCCGGCGACGGGCGGCGGCGUCCCCUUCGUCACCAAGCACUGCGACUUCCACGGCGAGUGCGCCCACACGACCGCGGAGUGCCGGGUCCUCCAGAAGGACCCCAACGCGAAGCCCGACAAGUACCGCAACCGCAACCGCAGCGGCAACUACCGCGACCGCGCCAACGACAACAACCGCGACAAGCAGCUCGUCGCCGCGGCCGUGCAGGCCGCCCUCACGGGCCGGGCCAAGGAGGAGCAGGCCCCACCGAUCGACUUCGGCGGCUCCAUGAACUGCAUGCUCAACUCCUACGAGCUCCUACAGACCAAGAACGCGGUCGACGAGGCCAUCGGCAGCAUGAGCCGCAAGGCCGACUACGACCCCAAGUACUGCCCCGUCGUCUUCGACAAGCCGACGGGCGACGCCUACAUCCACCCGGACGGCUACAACUACCCGACGCAGCCGGUCAAGGACGAGGUCCGCGAGAACGAGACCCCGAACACGCGCGACAUCUACAGCACGGCGCCCCUCGACCUGGGCGCCUACGCGUCCGGCGACGCGGACGUCGGCAUGCUCAAGGGCAUCAUCAAGAUCCAGGCCAUCACGCGCGGCAAGCACAUGCGCGAGAACGAGGUCAAGCUCUACCACAACGACAACGACUCGAUGCCCGACCUCGUCGACGCGUCCGUGACCACGGCGUCGGACCUGGGCUCGGAGCACGACCUCGUGGCCUUCAACGACCUCGGCCACAUCGGCGCCUGCGACAACGUCCGCGAGGACGAGAACGAGGUCAAGCUCUACCACAACGACAACGACUCGAUGCCCGACCUCGUCGACGCGUCCGUGACCACGGCAUCGGACCUGGGCUCGGAACACGACCUCGUGGCCUUCAACGACCCCGGCCACACCGGCGCCUGCGACAACGUCCGCGAGGACGAGAUCGCGAACUUCGACAUCCCGGACACGCGCAGCGACUACGACGCGGCCAUGAUGCACGCGCAGCACGCCCACGUCAUGCAGACCACGGCCUUCCUCGGCGCCAACGUCAUGUCCAGCCUGGGCACCAUCGUGCCCAUCAUCAAGAUCCAGGCCAUCGCGCGCAAGAAAUACGUGCUCUCGUACACGGCCCACGACAGCCGCUACGCCCAGGAACACCAGAGGCCGGACCUCGACACGAAGGCCCGGCCCCAGGCGACCGUGGACAAGCCAACGCGACCCCGCGAAGAACGACCGAAGUGGCACGACGAGGCCAAGAACGACCUCCAGGCGUGCCUCGCCGAUGGCGGUGGCCACAGGCACGACGUCCACGGCUACACGCGAACACGACUCAAGGUCGACAACGUCAUCUUCGAGGUCGACAACGACAACAUCGUGCCCGGCUUCACGACGAAGGUGCUGUCCGUCGGCAUGCUGCGAAAGCAGGGCUUCAAGAUGUCCCUGGACACGGAACCCUACGGGUUCUACACCCCGGAGGAGGAGUGGGUCGCCGUCAACGAGCACGACAACUUACUCUACAUCGACGCGGAGCACGCGACAGAAGCUCCAACCGCUCCGGCCUCCGGGGGAGUCUCCACGGCCUCCGGGGGAGUCAUGACGCCCAUGCUCUCGCAGCCCGGCGACUACGUCACCGACGGCCGAGGACAACUAUCAAAGGCCUUCGCCCUACGCGGCGCCCGCAUCGUCGCCGUCGGCGAGAUCGACGAGACCGCGCUCGAGAUGCUCCGCGCCGAGCACCCCGACGCGCUCGCCAUGGGCGACACCGCGAGACUAGAGUACCGAAACGUGCCAUGGUCACGACACGCGUACCGCAUAGUAUGCGGCGGAUUCCCAUGCCAGAUGGUCGCGCCCCAGGGCCUGCAACUGUGCUGGGACGAUCCACGCGCCGCGCAAGCCCUGCACUUCGUGGCGGCCGUCGACGCGAACAAGCCACACGCGGCCAUAUACGAAAACGUCUACUCGUUCUGGGCCCUCAUGGGCCCCGAGUUCGACAAGCUCAUGGCCGCCAUCGGCUACGUGCCGAAGGUACCUGGCAAGACGCCCCGAAUCGAGUUCUUCCGCGCCACGGAGCACGGGAGCUGCCUCUGGCGCGACCGAAUCCACCGGCACUACGAGCCCGCGAACAUCGAGCUCGGCAACCUCGCCGAAAUCGAGAAAUCGAAGCUGUACGCAACUCCUCAACGGCUAGAGCAGCACCUGCUCCCCGCCAGCGAGGUCCCGGAGGAAGCGUUCCUUCCGGGGGAGUUCAAGCGCCUCGAGGCACCCCGGCGGGCCAAGGACGAAGACCCAUAUUCGCCACUCAUCGUCGCCACGAUCACGACCAAGCCCGGAGACAAGGUCACCGCGGGCUCCCGAGUCCGCAUCCGGGGGAGCGGCGACGCGUGGUCCGUGCUCGAGGUCCGCCAGCACACGGUCAAGCUCAUGCGCGACGAACGCUCCAACCCGACCACGGUCGAGGUCGACAAGAACGAAACCAAGGCGCGCUCCGGCGCCAGGUACGUCUUCGUGGCGGUGAGCCAGAGCGUCGACGGCAAGCCCGCCAUGGUCUUCACCCACGGACUCGCGAAGAAGAGCGACGCAAUCAAAAUCGGCAUCCCGGCGCACUUCGCCGAGUUCGCGGCCCGCGACAAGCCGCCGCGGGUCUACGUCUCCGACCUCGGCGGCGAGUUCGAGAGCCGCGAGUCCGAGGAGGUCUUCGCGCGGCUGGCCGUCGUCCACCGACGGCGGGCGCCGGAGGCCCACGUCGACGUCGCCGAAAAUGCAAUCAAACGCCUGACCGCGAUCGCGCGUACUUCAAUGCAGACCGGCGUCGCGGCUUCCCUAUGGGAAUACGCGAUCCACUGGGCCGCCGACUGUCUGAAUGUCAGGGCGGACCCCGUCUCCGGGACGUCCGCGUACGAGGCCUACUUCGGCCACAAGCCGGACAUGACCACAAUCUGCGAGUUCGGCGCGAGCGUCGCCGCGCUCGACAACGGCCAGCGGAAACGCUUCGACCCCAAUGGCGUCCUCACGACGUACCUCGGCCCGGCCCGAAGCCAUGGCUGCGGCGCCAUCUACGUCUACGCGCAGCAAAACAACGCGAUCGCGAGCGGCGACGUCGUCAAGGGCGGGCGCCACUACUUCGUCUUCCGCGACGCGUCGGCGAUGACGAAGAUCAAGGGCGAGCGCUGGAAGCGCGCGCCGGCGCCCUGGGCGUCGGUCGAGGUGUCCUCGCACGGCCGCGUGCGGGACUACGAGACGAAGCGCGAGCGGCUACCAACCAAGACCGGCCGCUACCUCAGCCUCAAGAUCGCCUACAAACAGGUCGGCCUCCACGUGCUCGUGAAGACGACCUUCGACGGCCGGCCGCCGUUGCACAAGCCCGUCGUCAUGCACGUCAACGGCGACUGCCACGACUGCCGCCUCGUCAACCUGCGGUUCGGCACCGCGGCCGAGAACGAGGCCAUGAAGAAGGACCACGGCACGGCGACCGGCGGCGGCGCCAAGCACGCCGUCGCCUACCGCGCCGUCGGCGCCGCGAACUGGAUCGUCGUCGGCUCGCAGAAGGCCGCGGCGACGGCGACGGGCGUGGCCAAGUCGACGCUCAGCGAGGCCGUCAAGUCGAGCACGCCGAAGCGCGGCAAGGGCAAGGUCAUGUUCGAGUUCAAGGACCUCUCCAUCCCCGACGACUUCGACGACUUCGUGCCCAUCGUGCUGUCCAAGGAGGUCUACGACCACUCGAUCCCGGCCCUGACCAUCGUCCGCGCGUUGCUCGGCCGGACCAUCUGCGACGUCAAGACGCAGGAGUACUUCCAGAUCGUCUCCGUCUUCAACGACGACGAGCUCGGGCGGCUCUGCGUCGAGUACUUCGACAAGUCGCUCCUCGACGACCCGGACCUCGACGUCGACGACAUCAUCGCCGCCGACGACCUCGCGUUCAGCUACGUCUACCUCAUGGGCGACGAGCACCUCGUCGACGAGGUCGAGCAGACGAAGAAGCGCAAGCGCGAGAAGAUCGACGACCUGCCCAUCAACGAGCGCUACGCGCUCAACUUCAACUGA